CUCUUUCUCUACCAUCACUCUCCCUCAUCUCUAACCGGAAAAACCCAUCCACAACAAUGGCCACCGCAACCCAAAUCCAAAUCGGAGUAAUGGGUUGCGCCGACAUCGCUAGAAAAGUCUCCCGAGCCAUCCAUCUCGCUCCCAACGCCACAAUCGCCGCCGUAGCAAGCCGCUCUUUAGAAAAGGCCAAAUCUUUCGCCACCGCCAAUGACUACCCAGAAUCAACCAAAAUCCACGGCUCUUACGAAUCGCUUCUCGAAGAUCCAGAGGUUGAUGCUCUCUAUGUUCCUCUACCUACUAGUCUCCAUGUUGAGUGGGCUAUAAAAGCAGCUGAGAAAGGGAAACAUAUACUUUUGGAGAAGCCUGUUGCUAUGAACGUAGCUGAGUUUGAUAAGAUUGUUGCUGCUUGUGAAGCCAAUGGUGUUCAGAUUAUGGAUGGUACUAUGUGGUUUCAUAACCCUAGAACUGCUAAGCUUAAGGAGUUUUUGUCUGAUUCAGAACGUUUUGGUCAGCUUAAAACUGUUCAGAGUUGUUUCUCAUUUGCUGGAGAUGAAGACUUCCUCAAAAACGAUAUCCGUGUGAAACCAGGUCUUGACGGGCUUGGUGCGCUCGGAGAUGCUGGAUGGUACGCUAUCCGAGCAACCCUUUUAGCCACCAACUUUGAUCUUCCGAAUACAGUAACUGCUUUUCCUAGCGCUGUGCUAAACGAGGCAGGAGUGAUUCUCUCCUGUGGAGCAGCUUUAAGCUGGGAAGAUGGCCGGACUGCAACCAUUUACUGCUCUUUCUUGGCAAAUUUAACAAUGGAGAUAACUGCUAUUGGAACGAACGGCACACUUCGUGUCCACGACUUCAUUAUCCCUUACAAGGAAACCGAGGCAUCAUUCACCACUAGCACUAAAGCUUGGUUUAAUGACCUUGUGACUGGGUGGAUUAGUCCCCCGAGUGAGCACACGGUUAAAACAGAGCUUCCACAAGAAGCAUGUAUGGUCAGAGAAUUCGCUCGAUUGGUUGGAGAAAUCAAGAACAAUGGUGCGAAGCCUGAUGGGUACUGGCCUAGUAUUAGCCGAAAGACACAACUAGUGGUUGAUGCUGUUAAAGAGUCUCUUGACAAAAACUGUGAACAGAUUAGUCUCUCUGGUCGUUGAAGGAAACAGCUCAAUUUAGAAAUGUGUCCUGAGAUCUCUCCUCUCUUUCACUAUGUUCAAACUUCAAUCAUCCGUUAAUUGUUAUUACCCUUAAUGUUCGAGUCUUCUGCUGCGUCCGCCUGUAUCCGUAUGGCUGUAUUUGUAUGUAUGUCAGUACUAAUAAAACUUUAAAAUUUAACGUUCGGUUCAGUUUGAAUAAUUUUGGUUCAA